AUGGCGGCAAAACUUCUCUCGGCACUUGCAGCAUCGCUGGCUUUGGCCGGCAUAGGCCAGAGCACGACUGUGCCAGGCAAUGAUGCUACUCUCGCUGCGGCAGUGGCCGCUCCAAGCCGGUACAUCGUCCUGUUUGAAGAAGGAGCGAUCGCCAACUUUCAAAAGAGAGACGGCACAAUCGACGUCAGAGGCUUCGCAACGACUGUGUCGUCGCACAUCGAGAAGAACACGAAGCCGGCUCUGACCUUCGAUUCCAGCCUGUUUCGUGGCGUCUCAGUCGAUGUGCAUGAUGCGAACUCGACUUCAGUUGACCAGAUCAAGGCUAUUGAGGGCGUUUCUCAGGUCUGGCCCGCGGGCCUGUUCACCAUCCCGCCCACUUCAGAAGCUGUGAUCUCCAAUUCUGACCGGCCCACUUGGUCGCCGCACAACACUACCAGGGUGAACGAAGUCCAUCAGAAGGGGCAGAAAGGUGACGGCGUCAUCGUCGCCAUGAUUGACAGUGGUGUUGACUACAAUCACCCUGCCCUCGGCGCAGGAUUCGGCCCCGGUUUCAAGGUUGAAGGCGGUUAUGAUCUGGCAGGCGACAAUUACAGUCCCGGGGGACCGACCAACCCGGACUCGGAUCCGAUGGACUGUGCGGGCCAUGGCACUCAUGUUGCUGGCAUCAUCGCAAGCCAGAACGAGUACAACCCGGGUGUGGCGCCGAACGCGCGCCUUCGCAUGUACAAGGUCUUCGGUUGCGAAGAUGGCACCACCGAGGAUGUUGUCAUUGCUGGCUUCUUGAGAGCCUUUGAAGAAGGAGCUGACGUGAUAACUGCCUCUUUAGGGUCGGCGCUUGGUUUCCCCUACAUUGCUGCAUCGAUUGUGGUAUCAAAGAUUCAGGCCGCGGGCGUGGUUGUCACUGCCGCCGCCGGCAACAGUGGCAGCGCUGGGCCCUUCUGGACCACCAACCUGGGAAACGGCUUCGGCACCACAACGGUCGGGAGUGUUGAGCAGAGCGACCGUGUUGUGUACACAGUGAAAGCGCGAUCAGCCAACGGCACAACUCGCGAUAUUGUCUACAUGGAACCUACCGGACGUCCAUUCGAUCUUGUCGGCGAUCAUAGUGCAUUCUUCUACCCGGAUGUCCGAACCCGUGAUGUUUGCGACUUCUUGACUACGCAGCCAAGAGUUCCCAAAGGCGACGUUUUGGUGCAAAGACAGGGCGACUGUGAUUGGUCAAGAAUGGAUUUGAUCACUUGGGGUCGGGUCGAAUGGGUAUUCUACUACGGCAAGCAGGGCGAGGGACUACCAGUUCCAAAUCGCUUUAUUCAAGAUGCUGGAGCUCAAGCCAAAGGAUUAGCCGGAAUUACCUACGAGGACGGGCAAUGGCUGCUGCAACACUCCGACAACAACAUCACUGUCACAUUCGAGUUUGAAGAGAACCCUAGGCCAGUCUCUCACCGUUGGACCGAUGCCAAUGGAGUCAGAACGAGUGCUUUCAGCUCCUGGGGUCCAACAUUGGAUUGCAGGAUGAAGCCAGAGAUCGCCGCGCCCGGCGCAACCAUCCUCUCCACGUAUCCGCUCAAGCUUGGGAAGUGGGCCACACUUUCGGGAACUAGCAUGGCAACUCCCUAUAUUGCCGGCGUUGCGGCUCUUAUACUAGGGUCCAAGGGAGGCCGCGCUGGUUGGGGCUCUGAUGCCGCACGAUUGGUGCACGAAAGGCUCAUUGCCAGCGGUCAGCCCGUCUCCAUGAGAAAUGAUAACUCUGCUUACACUCCUGUGGCCAAAAUUGGGGCUGGUAUUGUUGAUGCCGUCAGGGCGGUCGAGUACGACACGUUCGUGUCGCCUGCCAAUCUCAACCUCAACGACACCGUGCACUUCAACGGCGUGCACACAAUCAAGCUCACGAAUAGAGGCCAAGAGGUGGUUACGUACAAUGCUACUCACCAGAAUCUGAAUGGCUUUCAAGCGGUUUCGAUCAGCACCAAGUACGUGGACACAAACCCCGACAUCGCUGGGUACUUCGCGUCGGUCACCCUGUCAACCGAAAGUGUCACAAUCGGACCAGGUGAGACGGUUGAGAUAACGGCGUCAUUCACGGAACCGGACAACGGCGUCUAUGGGCUCAUGCCCGUGUACGGUGGAAACAUUCAUUUCUGGGGCUCCAAUGGAGAAGACGUCCGGGUUACAUACAUGGGCAUCAAAGGUUCUCUUUACUCUCAGAACUCGUGGCUCUACACCCCGUCAUUUUUUCAGAACAAGAACUCGGACAGUCUUAAUGGUUUCCCUGACGGGGAAGAGUACUUCAUUGGCGAGUGGGAGAAACAGCCGGCAGCUCUUUAUACCAACAGCUGGGCCAGUGAGGAGCAGAGUUUCGAUUAUGUGGCCAAGGACUGGACGCCUGAGGACUGGGUUUACCCUCCUUUUCCGGGCAAAAACAAGUGGUUCGGCUCCAUGACCAGUUCCGAACGUGUGUUUCUCGCUCUGUUCCAGCCACGAAUUCCCACUGGGAGGAUGUUUGCUCAUGGCUCCAUGAACUUCAGCCAGGGAACUACUCUGGUACCCGGUGAAUACCGCAUCCUGGCCAGGAGUUUGCGGAUAUAUGGUGAUCGCUCCAACUUGGAUGAUUGGCAGACAGCUUUGUCCAAUUGGUUCACCCUCAAGGCGCUGCCCCCAUCAAACUCCACCACCACCACCACAUCUCAGACGGCUACUUCUACUUCAACCACUGCACCUACAUCCGCUGCGCCACUCCCGCCUAUCGCUGUCUGUGGCGAGUCCGUCCCUAUCAACCUCACGGCUCGCAUUACUACAGAGACCAGCAGAUAUGGUCUCAUGUUGAGCUCCGACUUUCUGGUCUACGACCGCCGCGGUGACGGUACGCAUUUCGAGUGGGCCCUGACCAACGAAGGUUACCUCAAGACUCGCGACAUUUCGCGCACUACACCAGUGGACAUCUACGCAGCUGUGCAUUCCAACAACAACAGCUUGAUCUACAUGUACACGCCUGGCCAGAUAUCGGGAGCGUUCUCGUAUCUUACUUGCGCACGACAGGGAACCGAGCUACUGUGCACAGCCAACGCGAAGUCUUCUUUCUACGACUGCCAAGAUCCCAAAGACAACGAGGCUUACGUUCACAUCCGCAGCGGCCCGGAAGUUCGGAGUGGCUGUCGGCAGGUAACUUUCAACUUCGAGGAUCUUCCGCAGACCUGUGAUACGCUGGCUGCUAGUUCUCCUGCGACAGUUAGCGCAACUCCGACGAUGAGCCUCAUGAUUUGA